UGAAUAACAACCUUCUUCAGUGCUGAUUUGAACUGCUAGACAUUCAGAAACUCUGAGAAGAGUUUAAACAGAGACAGUUCUGACUCUACAAGAAAAAGACAAAGAGAAAAAAAAGGUGUUUAAUAGGAGGAGGAGGAACAUGUCUGAAUCUUCAUCACAAGAACCAAGAGAAGUAAGAUGGAGCAGCAUGGAUAGACCACCAUCAACCUUUGCUCCUGAUCCCAGUGGUCUCCUGUCUGAAGAUCAGUUCCUGUGUUCUAUCUGUCUGGAUGUGUUCACUGAUCCAGUCUCCACUCCAUGUGGACACAACUUCUGCAUGAAAUGUAUUAAAACAUGCUGGGGUGACAGUGAGCAGUGUCACUGUCCAUUCUGUAAAGAGGAAUUCACCAAGAGACCAGAACUCAAAGUCAAUACAGCAUUCAGAGAGGUUGUAGAUCACUUCAAGAAGAAAAAUGCUCUGGAUAAACCUGAGGUUCUUUGUGAUGCCUGCAUUGAAGUGAAGCAGAAAGCCCUGAAAUCCUGUCUGAAUUGUGUUGUGUCUUUUUGUGAGUCUCAUUUGGAGCCUCAUAAUAAUGUUCCAAAACUUAAUAAACACAAACUAAUCAACCCAGUGAAGAACCUGGAGGACUACAUAUGCCAGAAGCAUGAGAGACCCCUGGAGCUGUUCUGUAGAGAUGAUAAGACGUGUGUGUGUCUGUUCUGCACAGAAGGAGAUCACAAGGAUCACAACAUUGUUCCUAUAGAGGAGGAGAAUGGAGAGAAAAAGACACAGCUGGAGAAGACACAGUCAGAGGUGCAGCAGAUGAUCCAAGACAGAUUGAAGAAGAUCAAAGACAUCAAACACUCAGUAGAGCUCAGAAAAAGAAACACAGAGAAAGAGAAAGCAGACAGUGUUGAACUCUUCACUGCUCUGAUCCGCUCCAUUGAAAGAAGCCAGGCUGAGCUGCUUGAGGUGAUGGAGGAGAAGCAGAAAGCAGCAGAGAGGCAGGCUGAAGACCUCAUUAAAGAGCUGGAGCAGGAAAUCACUGAGCUAAAGAGGAGAGACACUGAGCUGGAGCAGCUCUCCCACACUGAGGACCACCUCCUACAGAUUUACCCAUUACUGUGCAGACCUCCACACACUAAGAACUGGACUGACAUCAGUACUGACCCUCAUCUGAGUGUAGAGACUGUGAGGAACACUCUGUCUCAACUUCAGAAGAGUCUGAAUGAGACACUCACUGAAACUAUUACUGAAAAGAUCAGAGAUUCAGUCUCAACAGACCUGAAGAGGAUUCAGCAGUUUGCAGUGGAUGUGACUCUGGAUGCUGAUACAGCUCAUCCCAAACUCAUCCUGUCUGAUGAUAGAAAACAAGUGACACAUGGAGACACAGAACAGAAUCUUCCUGACAAUCCAAAGAGAUUUGAUAGAUGUCAAUGUGUCUUGGGAAAGGAGGGAUUCUCCUCAGGGAGAUUUUACUAUGAGGUGCAGGUCAGGGAAAAGACUGCAUGGACAUUAGGUGUGGCCCUAGAGUCCAUUGACAGAAAGGGGAAGAUUAAACUGAAACCACAGAAUGGGAUCUGGGCUGUGGCUCUGAGGAAUGAAAAUGAGUAUAAGGCUCGUGCUGAUCCCUCAGUGCUCCUCUCACUGAGAGAGCAGCUCCAGAAGGUGGGAGUGUUUGUGGAUUAUGAGGAGGGUCUGGUCUCCUUUUAUGACAUGGAAUCCAGAUCUCAUAUCUACUCUUUUACUGGUCAGUCUUUCACUGAGAAACUUUAUCCGUACUUCAACCCCUGUAUUAAUGAUGGAGGUAAAAACUCAGCUCCACUGAUUGUCUUACCCCUAUCAAAGACUGAAUAG